AUGCAUCUCCAGCAUACCCUCACCUCUCUCAUCCUAUGUGCAGCCCUCACACAAGCCAAACCCCUCGCACGUUUACGAUUACAUGCCCGUCAGUUCGCGAACUCUUCUACUACCGUGAUAACUUCGAGCCAGAUUUCUACAGAUAUGACGAAAACACCGACGACAUCGACUACGACGACCGAAACAAGUGCCACAUGCACAGCGACGACUACCGUCACACCAGAAACGAAUUGCAAUCAAGUUGCAUCAGCAUACGGACUACGAUUGACGACAUACGAAGCGAGCAGUCCGGCAAACUCGAGCGUCUGCCAAGAUAUACUUGCAGGAUAUGGCAUAUGUGUUGAGACGGCUGGCGCAUCGACGACUCCAUCGAUCGACGUGGAUGCCACAUCGGCGCUAGGAGCAUCGAACACGAACGUCACAUUUGGAGCUGUUUCCAUAGUACUCAACAUGACGACGGCGGAGCUAUCGAUCCCAGCGACAUCAGCGCUUGAGACGUCAUCAUCAUCAAGCUUGACGCCGUUGGUCUUCGCGCCAGCAGCCUUGACAACAUCCACGACGCCGGUGGUAACUGCAAUCGAGACGCAAUCAACAGUCACGAUUCUGACUACGACAACCCUCACAUACACUCUCGGCACUGCAAGGACGGACGUCCGGACUCUGCUCCAAGUUCAGACCGUGACGGAAAUUGUCACAUACACCACCACUGUCGAGCUCUCAGGCCCAGAGACGACAGUCUUCGCUGCCAAUAGCCUCGUCAGUCCUGCCAGCGCCACAACUCAAACCUCGUUGUGCACCACUCCGCUACCUCCCGGUCCGGUCCAGUCCGGGGUCGUACCUGGCUGCACGAACUGGUACGUCGCACAACACGGCGACUUCUGUUAUCAUGUGGCGACUAGGUUCGGACUGAGUCCCACAAGGUUUCAGCUAUGGAAUCCCGCUGUCGGACUCGAGACCUGUACGAAUAUGGUGCCGGGUCAUGCUUAUUGUGUGGGCACUUGUGGGAACUACCAAGGACUGAGCUCGUCGUCUGCUGGUGCAUCUAGCACCGACUCCAGCACGAUCAGCUUGAGUGAAGUCUCGACUUCUCCAGCAACGUCAGAAACAUUGAUCUUGCUCGCUUCGAUCCUGACUUCCAUCUCCUCCAGCUCGACGUCACUUACGAGCUCAAGCCAGGAUCCCACUUCAACCAGUACCACGAGUUUGAGCAGCACCGCUCUAUCAUCGACUUCGACAUCGGCAUCGCUCUCAGACUUGAGCUCGGCAUCGACCUCGAGCUCUAGCUCUUUGCCUAGCUCAAGCAUCGUGCUUAGCGUUGUGUCCACAUCUACAUCGACUACGACUUCCAGCUCAGUAACGACUUCGAUUUCGAGCUCGAUUUUAACGACAUCUACCAGCUCGUCAACAAGCGCAAGUCUGUCGUCCUCUUCUACACUAGCUUCCACUUCCACAUCCUCGGCCCCAACAUCGAUUAUAACCUCCGACGCACAAGUGCAGUACAAGACAUUUAAAGGAGAUGGCUCGCUGGCAGCUGGCUGGCCCGCCAUGUCUUCUUGGAUUGACUAUGACACGAUGUUCACAGUCAAUACACCCAACAUGCAAGAAUCUUGCUCUCAGUGGGGCGUUCCACUCGACACCGCCACAGAGAUCUCCGAGAUGAAAGCCGCCAUAUCCGACAUAGCCUCCUCAACAGGCGUAGACGAACGACUGAUCCUAGCAAUCAUCAUGCAAGAGUCCACUGGCUGUGUCCGUGUCAUCACGACUCAAUACUCCGUCUUCAACCCCGGCCUCAUGCAAUCGCACAACGGCACCGGAACCUGCAACACCAACAAUCUACCUCUCGCUGCAGGAGUGACAGGCACCGGUGUCGUGCAAACACCAUGCCCAGACAGUGAGAUCCGACAGAUGAUCACAGACGGCACGAACGGCACUCCUUCGGGUGAUGGUCUGAAGCAAUGUCUGCAGAAGCAGGGUAAUACGGAUGUCAGCCAGUACUACCGUGCUGCGAGAAUGUACAACGGCGGUAGUAUCGCCGCCAGUGGAGACCUUGGGCAGGGCUGCUGCACGCUGUGUUAUGCCAGUGAUGUGGCGAACAGGUUGCUGGGAUGGGUCAAUGCGCCGCAUAAUUGCAAUUUGUGA